AUGGGGGGCAACGGCCCGAGCCGCCUCCCCCACGACGACGAGGAGGACGGGGGACUGGCUUUUGUGAAGGGCAUUAGGCUUUCAGACAGAGUCAUCGAUCGGAUGAAGCAUUCAUCCAAUGUCAGCUGUCCUCACUUCUCAGCGGAGCCUCAGACUCCACUGGCCACUGCAGAGGCCACCCCGGUCCCCGCCCCGUCCGUUGAGCACCUGUUGCCUCUCCUGACGCCUCCUCCUCCCUUCAUCCCGGCUCCCGCUGCUCCUGCUCCUCCUCAGGAGGCCCUGCCCACGCCGCCGGUGAAGCUCGUCCCCCCUCCUCCGGUGAAGUUUCACGCCCUUCCUCCAGCCUCGCUGGAGCCGGCAGCACCUCCUCCCCCCGGCGUCCACCUGCCCGCCCCUCCGGCCGUGGGAGUGCCUGCAGAACCCGUGCCUUCAGAUCUUCCCUGUGGACUCGUCACGCCCACGUCUCUGGCUGUCGAGCCCCUGGGUCCGGCGGCCCCCCCGGCCUCGCCGGUGGAAGCAGCCGUGCUUCCUCCCCGUGUUGAGACCCUGACGCCUGUAUGUCCGGCUCCAGUUGAAGCCCUGGUGUUGCCGCCAGAAGCAGGAGAGCCUGUCCUCCCAUCGGCUGUGGUCCAGGACGGACUUUCACUGGUGGCUCCCGCACCUCCUCCUGCCCCAGCACCUCCUCCUGCAGAGCCUAUUGCAGCACCUCCUCCUGCUCCAGAGCUCCCUCCCACUCCAGCACCUACUCCUGCUCCAGCACCUCCUACUGCUCCAGAGCUCCCUCCUGCUCCAGCACCUCCUCCUGCUCCAGAGCUCCCUUCUGCUCCAGCACCUCCUCCUGCAGAGCCCAUUGCAGCACCUCCUCCUGCUCUAGAGCUCCCUCCUGCUCCAGCACCUCCUCCUGCUCCAGAGGAAACCCCAGCCCCCCUCCCGUGUGAGGAGAUCCCCGUCUCACCCACUGUCACACCUGACCCCGAAGCGCCUCCAGAGUUCCAAGCACCUCCUCCUCCUCCUCCUCCUGAUCCAGCUCCGCCUUCCGAGGAGACCGCCGUGCCCACAUUUCCGCCUCCUCUUUUUGAGGAGGACGUACCCACCGUGUUCGCGGUGCCUCCGCCCGCAGCAAAACUGGAAGCACCACCUGCUCCUGAUCCUGCUCCACCAUCCGAGGAGCCUCCCACGACCACACCUCCACCCCAGGCUGUUGUUGUAGAGGAAACACCUGCUGUGGACACAGUUCCUCCACCUGCCACCACCCAGCAACUUCCUCCUGCCGUGGUGGAGGAAGAACUGAGGCAGAAGGUCAAAGUGGAGAUGCUAAGUCGUCUGGAAGAGGAAAUCAGCGAGAGGAGGCAGGAGCUUCAGAAGAAACUGCAAGAGUUGAGGGUACAGGUUCAGGCAGAGGCAAAGGCAGAAGUCCAGGCUCAGGUGGAGCAGCAGGUGAGGAAGACCCUGGAGGCAGACAAAGCAGCAUACAUGGAGAGGCUGACGGAGUCCAUCGAGAAGGAGCGCGCCAAGUCAGAGGACGAGAAGCUGAUGGUGCAGCUUUAUUGGAUGGAGCUGAAGGCCAAUCAGCUGGAUGAGAAAGAGAAGGAAAUGAAGAAGCGAGAUGCUCUCUACAAGGAACAUCUUUCCAAAAUGGAAGCAAAGUAUGCAGACUUCUCUAAAGUGUCUGCAGAGAGCUUCCAGAAAGGCAAAGAGGAAACUCACAGUCGUUUUCCGCGUUUUAAUACUCAGCCAGUGUGUGGAGACUUGCAGGGUGAGAUAUUGAAAUGCUACAAGGAGAACACGGGGAAGACUCUGUCCUGCUCGGGUAUCGCAUCGGCUUACAUGCAGUGUGUGGACAACGCCAAGAAAAAUAAAUUGAUCACUGGGGGUUAAUGUGGACCACUUGAUGAGGACGACGACUUUCACUCCUCUGGAAAGGAAAAAAGGGACUGAAAUGAAGAGAUAUCCAUGUGACACGAGUCACAGAGAGGUCAAAUCCAGCCUUUUCAUGUAACUGAAGAAGUGCCAUCUGCCCACAGACCUGCAUGUGUGGUGGAGUAAUUCGCUGGGGUUGUGCUGUCACAAACAAAGCCUUGCAUUAAGCUAAGAGAGACUAAAUAUCAGUUACUGUGAAAACAACCGUCAGUUCUAAGCAAAUGGGAUUAAUGAAUGGGGGAAUCAUUUUGUGUGCCUUGAAGUUAUGGAAUUUAAAUAAUCAUAGUGCAGAUGCAUGAAGGAACUGUUAAGGUAGCAAACUGUUUACCCUGAACAGAUCAAUAAACUUUGGAGAACUUACAGCUUAAGGUGCCGAUGUGUGGUCAGUGUCUCCUGGCUAACUCAAACCCAGAGAGGAAUCGAUCACUUCAUAUCUUUCAUUUAAAAAAAGAACACUACAUGUAUUGUGUUGUUUUCCUCCAACAUGGAUAUUCAUCCCAUAUUUUUGUUUUUGUUUGAUUUCCCAAAACUUCUUAUGUCUUGAACACAGCCAUGAUUUAUCCCCUAAAAAGAAAACAUGGUGGUGGCAGCAUUAUGCUAUGGGUGGUGUCUGGACAGGGUUUCGGUGAGGGAUGCUGAGGCAUCCUUAAUGAAAACAUACUCUCUUUUUGUUAUU